AUGGACCACCCGAGUCCGUCCGCCGACCGCAGCGGCGGUGCGGCAGCACCACCACCACCUACAGCAGGGACGACCAGGCGAGAAGGAGAUGUGCCACCUGGCGUAGAGAUUAUAUCCGACGACGAAAGUUCGGCCAGUUCAAUGUCGGAUGAGGAGGAUCCAGGUGACGACCACGACCACGACAACAAAAAGCAUCGCCGCGGCGAUCCUACGGCUGCCGGCGGCAGAUAUAGACCCGAAACGCCUUCGCCACCGCCGCAGAGGCGGUCGCAGCCACACGUUCCGCCGCCGCCGAGGGGAAGCAGGGAGAGAGAUAUUCGUGCAGAACGACAUCGUGACUUGCGGGAUCGUGAUCGGGAUAGAGAUAGGGAUAGGGAUCGCGACAGGGACAGAUCCCGGGGGCCGGAACCGAAGCGACGGGGAGGAGGAGGAGGAGGACUGCCGCCAUCGCCACCACUGGACAGGGACCGGGAUCGGGAUCGAGAAAGGGACAGGGACAGGGACAGGGACCGCGAAAGGGACUACGACAGAGAUCGGGACAGAGACAGAGACAGCGACAGAAGCCUGCGCGACAGCCCUCCCCUGAGAGGCAGCCCCCGCCUACGAGACAGCCCUCGCAUAAGGGAACGAAAGCGACAGAGCUUCGCGCCGGACGAAAAGUACCAAGGAGAAGGGGGCCGCAGCAACGUCAACGGCCACGCGAGAAGACAGCAGAGCGUACCCCCCAACAGCGCCAACAACGGUGCGAAAAGGCAGAGCAUCACGGAGCGCCUCAUGAGCACCUGGACGGCAGCGCGGUCAGGCGCGGCGCGCGGCGCAGGGGAUCAUCCGCCGGGCGUAGGGGCCGCGGCCGCAGCCGCGUCGUCGACGCUCCCUUCGCGCCGCGCUUCAUCCGCCUCGACAGCGAGUAAGGCGUUUAACCCCGUCGGCAGGGUGCGCGAGUGGCUCGACACGUGUAACGCCGAGCACGGCGACCACUGCUCCGGCCCGCCUGCGGAUACGUGGCGGCCGAUAUGGCUGAUUGACUCGGUGAACCGGUGUCUUGUGCGCGCGAGGGCGACGGAUCGGUAUAUCGCGCUCAGCUACGUCUACGAGCCGCCGCUGCCUUCGUCGCGGGGUCCCGUGGAGACGUUGCGGGAGAAUCUGGAGGUGCUGACGGCGAGCAUGGAUGAUGCGGAUAUACCGCAGACGAUUCUGGAUGCCAUGUGGUUGGCGAGGAAGCUGGGGAUCAAGUACCUCUGGGUCGACCGGUUUUGUAUCGUGCAGGAUGAUGAUGUGGAGAGGGAGGAGUAUGUUAAGAAUAUGGCGUACGUGUAUGCGAAUGCGUACAUGACCAUCGUGGCGGCUGCGGGCGACGCAGAAUCCGGGUUGACGGGCCUGUUGCGGAGGACGCCGCCGCCGCGGGGCGCCGCGGGGAGGAAGCAUGAUGAUCUUGUGCUCUCGUCGCGAUGGGCGGGCCGGGCGUGGACGGUGCAGGAGGGUAUGUACUCGCGGCGGAAGGUGUACGUUUUCGAGGAGACGGUGACGUGGGAGUGCCACUGCGACGCGUGGCAGGGACCGCCGGGCGCGGCGGGGGGCGGCGGCAGGUUCAGCAAGAUCCUCAAGGGCGGAGGGUUGGGGAGGCACGGCGGCGGCGGGGGGCCGUGUCUGUCGAGGACGUUCCCUGCCGCGACGGGGUAUUUGCACCCCGUGUGGCCCGACAUGGACGAGUACGCGCGGAUCGCGAUGGAGUUUAGCGCGCGGCGGGUGACGCUCAUGUCGGAUACGACGAGGGCGCUGCGGGGCAUCACGACGGUGCUCUCGCGGUCGUUUGCGGGGGGGUUUGUGUUUGGGAUGCCGGUGAGCUUUUUGGAUGUCGCGAUGUUGUGGCAGCCGAGGGCGAUGGUGCGGCGGCGGCUGAUGGUGCAGCCCGUGACGGGUAUGAAUCCGCUGCCGUCGUGGAGCUGGUUGGGUUGGCACUAUGAUGGUGUGCCUGCGGACCUGACGCUCUGGCGGGCGGCUGCGGACUACGUCCAGGAGGCGCCGGCGCAUCAUCACCAGGGCAAGAGGGGCGCGGAGAGGCGGUUCAAGAGUCCGUAUGCGUUCCGGUUGCGGGGGUUGGUGAGUUAUGAGCUCACGGACCGGGCGACGUACACGCCGUUGCCGAAUGAUGGGAUGGCGUACCGGGAUCGGAGACAUCGGAGGACGGUGCCGUUGCCUGCUGGGUGGUCGAGGAGCGGGGGCGGGUUCCGGUAUGCGGGGGACCCGGAGGUUGUGUUUCGGUACCCGGUGCCUGUGGCGGAGAUGGCUGGCGGAGGAGGAGGAGGAGCGGAAGGGUUAUUGGGGGCGGGGACGUCGCCGUUUGGGGAUUUCUCGCUGAGCGCGACGCUGCUUUCGUUCAGUACGACGGUGGCGUACUUGGACGUGGACUUCGCCAUAGCGAAGAACGGGGCGCCGCUUGACGCGAAGGCGGCCAACGCGGUGAACUCGGGCAACAACACGGGGCCUGGCACGGGACUGGUUGCGCCUGGACGGGGGUACGGCGUCCCGCUGGCGGUGGGAAACAUCUGGUCGAGGACGGGCAAGUGGUGCGGCGUGGUGACGGCGCACGAUAGCUGGCUGGGCUUGCAGGGGGCCAACCAUACCGGGGAGGAGAAGCUCGAGUUCGUGGCCGUGUCGAUGGCGAGCGAGAGGGGAGGGAGUCAUGUGUUUGACUUGGAUGCGUUCCGGGAUAAUAUGGACGAGGACGAGAUUGUGGACUUUGUCAAUGUGCUUUGGGUGGAGAGGGUUGGCGGGGACAAUGUGUUUACUGGGGAGAGCUGUCUCAAGAUGGCUGGUGAACCGAGGUCGAACUCUGGGAUGUAUUUGAGAGGAAAAGGGGAUUUGUACGACCACGGGUUCUGGUGGAUGAAGGCGAUUAGCAUCUGGAUAUCCCAUGUACGAGAUGACUAUUUGUUGUUUGCCAAGAGAUAUGCCGCAAGUGAUGACAAACAACAAGUUCAGAGGUAG